CUUGCCUUUCAACAGGGGUAGUGGGAAAAAUUGUAGCUGGCCAAUCGAAGGUUGCAUUCCUCGUUCGACGUUGCGAUUUAUUGCUGUAACUCUGUCAUCACCACUCGGCCAAACCAGGUCCCAUUGUAGGCAGCGUUUCCGCGGCCCCGUCUGUUGUCAACCGAGUGCGGGAAGACUAUUGUGCCUAGCUCUCACAGGUUGCCGUCCCUUUAGACCCAUGCUAACCGUGCCGUACUCGUUUCCCAACUCGGAGCAACCCGUGCGACCGGACUGCCUCGGUGCAACCCCCUCCUCCCCGAGUUCGUGUCUCUCUUUAGGUGUCCCGUCGGGCUCUAACUCGCGCCGUCCUUCCGAUCUUGAAAGGUCUACUCCGUACCUUAGUGUAGUCAUACAACUACCCUCCGUGCCUUCUCACCGUCCAAGUAAACCUUGUGUGAACCAACUCAACCAACAUCGCUCAAAGUGACAUCCAAACACCACCGCCAAUAUGUCUUUUUUCGGUCUGGACCUCGCCCAGAAGGGCCUCUCCCUUUACACUAUCCCGGCCGCCUUCAUGAUGGCGAUGCUGCCCAAUGUUUACGCCGUCUCCGGAGCAGGAGCACACUACGACCUCUGCAACCCGAGAAAGCUCCAAACCAGUGUCGUGGCCGAUGACAAGCUAGACAAGAUUGCCAAGGCUCGCAUUCUCCGCGCCAAAGCCGCAUCGGAGAACGCCUUUGAGACGCUUGGUUUCUACUCAGCCGCCGUCGUCGCCGCCAACUUCGCCGGAGUGGACGCCGAGACCGUCAACGUCUUGACGCUGGGCUACAUCGGCUCCAGGGCCCUGUACAACAUCAUCUACGUCCGCCUGCAGGACAACCGUAGCUUCGGCCCCGUGCGAAGCCUCGCCUGGCUUGCCAGCAUCGCCAUCACCGUUACGUUGUAUGCCAAGGCAGCUACGCAGUUGGCGUCCUCAUAAGCCCGGCUCUUCAAUAACAAUAGCUCUCAGCGGUACAUAGUACAGCCUUUGCCGCGUCUAAUCAAACUUAUUUUUGAACCAA